AUGUAAUAUUUAUAGAAAACCUCUUAAUCUAAGGGACAUUUAGUAAACCAAAGAUAAAAAUUUAUAGAUGACUCAAUUCUAAAUGAAAGUAAUCAUUUGGAUAGCGAAUCAUUUUAAGAAAACCUAAAAACAUUAAUAAAUUGUAAAGCUGAACUUACUCUAUCAACUAAAGAAUCCUGUAAUUCAAACUCAUUCACUUUAAGCAACAAUAAAGUAAUUUAAUUUUUGAUUUAGUUUAACUUUUUCACUAAUGAAAUUCUAGAAUGGGAAACAUUAGAUAAUGCUCUACCUCCUGAAGUUUAUAAUUUCCUUUCAAUAUUAAAAUGUUAGUGUUACGCUGGUACAAUAACAUAUACAGAUGAAUAAAUAGAACUUUUGAUCAAUCAGAGCUAAAUAUAUGUGUAUUUGAUUAAAAUAAAAAUAGUAAAAAUUUACUGGAAUUUUUAAACUAAAUCUUAGAUAAAGGAUGGAUUCUCAAAACAAUAAGAAUCUUGAACGGGUCUACAAUUAAUUUCUAUGCAUUAGCAGUAAAAAAUCUGACUUUCGAAAAUUUAUUUUGGAUUAUAAAAUCAUUAAAAAAGGAUUUAAUCACUCCAACCGAGAGAUUGGUUUAAAGUAGAAUCAAAGAAUGCUAUGGAUUUAAAUAUAAAAGGAAUGAAUGGGACUUAAUAAUUAAUUAAAUUAAAUCAGAAAAAUAAAUUAUAUAGUUUAGAUCCUCAUAAGGGAAGCUAUUUGUAUUACCAAUGAUUUAAGUGAUCUUAAUUAAAGAUCCUUUUAUUUAAGAAGAAACAUAAGGAAUCUAUAUUAAACAUUAAAAUUGGAAAGCCGAAGAUGAGUUUUAAGAAGCUUUAUAUUAAGAAUAAGAAUGGAAUAUUUUUAUUGAGUACUUGUAAAGCAUAAUUGACAAUUAGAAUGAUUAAAAUCAUAAAUUCUUUAAAGAUGGCGGAUAUGGAUGCGCUUAAUUCAUAAAGCACUUUGGUCCAAAGAAUUUAAGAAAGUUAUCCUUAGGUAGAUUAACAAUAUAUAUGCAAAUGGCUAUUAAUAAAAACUAUAUUAGAAAUACGAAAAAGGUUCUAGUUUAAAAUAACAGAGAGAAAUCAGAAUAUGCAACUGAUAGUUCCUAAGAUCAGGAGGAAAAUAUUAAAAUGAAAAUCGAGGAACUUAAAGAAUAACUUAUUCAGCUAUUGUUAGAAAAUCAGGAUGGGUAUGCAAUCAUCUUUUAUUAAGAGUGUAUCUUUUACUUAAAUACCUAAAUUAUUAAAGAAAAGAGUAAAUUUCAAAAUAAAUUUAUUUGAGCUCGGAUUCCCAAAUUUAAGAAACUUUAUAGAGUCAAACUAGGAUAUGAUAUCAAUUGAAAAAAAUAGCAAAAAUAAUGUUAUUGCUAAGUUGGACCAGAUAAAGUAUUGGAAUAAAUAUUAAAGUACAUAAUACAAGUUUAUCUUAGAUAAAAUAGGGGGCGAUUUGAGUAAUUAGGCAAUUAGUUCUAAUAUUCUAGAAUUGUUAAAGAACAUAUUAAGUAAACAUCAAUAUGGGAUAAGUAUUAAUUAGUUAUACUACGAUUUAUCGCAAUUGUUAGGUGAAUGGUUCAAUUUUAGAAAAUUUUAAUGUUUAAGUUUCUUUUAGUUUUUGUAGAAUUACGCAGAAAAUAUCUUAAUUAUAGUAUGCCAAAAGGGAAACCAAUAUCUAAUUUAUGAAAAGGAUCUUAGAUUCAUGCCUUCUCCAACCUCUAAUUAAGAUAACAAUGAUUAAUAAUCUGAUCAUAAUUUUAGCGAAGAAUACUAAAGUAAUUUAGGAUUGUCACUUCAAUAAACUAGUUUCUCUAAUAGUUGGUUGGAAAAAGCUGGUGAUUCUUAGCUCAAAUUUUAGUCUCUUCAACUUAUUGAAGAUUCUCACUAAGAAAUUAAGGAGAAUUUAAAGUUUAUAGAUGAAAUUUUAGGUUUAUAGAUAUUUUAACUAUAAGGGUACGAACUAAAGCAAAAUGAUACCUACUCUAUAUAAGAUUGGUCAGAUAAAUCGAUGAAUUAUUUUGAAAUGUUAAGUUCUAUUAAUUAUGGGCAUAGCGAAAAACCAGCUUAUUUUGAUUUAACUAAAGAACUACAAAACUCUCUCUCCUAAAAAUAACAAAUACAAAAACAAUUUAUUCAAUUAAACGAAAGUAAAAAAAAAUGA